AUGGAUAAGGAUGAAUGCGCUUUGAACAGCAAUCCAUGCAUCCACAAGAAAACCUGCAAAAACGCCCCUGGAGAAGGUUUGAAGUGCUCAUGUCCAAAGGGCCACGAAGGAGAUGGAUUGAGAAAUGGCCAAGGCUGCAGACCCAAAAGAGACAAAAACACAGGGAAUCUUAUUCUUAUAAUUGGAUUGAGUUUGAGCUUAAGUCUAUUGGCAGUGGUUGUGGGAUGCCUAAACAUAUACCCCCAAUUCCGUGAAAGAAAGCUCAUGAAAAUCAGAGAGAACUAUUUUAAGAAAAAUGGUGGCAUGUUAUUGCAAAGGCAGAUUGAUCUGGUCAAUGGCUCAACCGAAAGAGCCACAAUUUUCACUGCCGAGGAGCUCAAGAAAGCCACCGACAACUACGAUGAUGAUAGAAUCAUAGGCAAAGGAGGACAUGGAACGGUGUACAAAGGUAUAUUAUCAAAUGGCAGUGUUGUUGCCAUCAAGAAGGCCAUGGUUUCCAACCAAACCGAGAUUGGCCAAUUCAUCAACGAAGUGGUCGUGCUUUCCCAAAUCAACCAUAGGAAUGUCGUCAAACUACUAGGUUGCUGUCUGGAGACUGAGUUUCCUUUGCUUGUUUAUGAGUUCAUCACCAACGGUACCCUUUGUGAGCAUCUACAUUUAGAAGGUGAGGCAUGUGGUGAUAAACACAAACUUUCAUGGACAACACGUUUGAGAAUUGCAGCAGAGACAGCAGAAUCUCUUGCAUACUUGCAUUCUUCUGUUUCCACACCCAUCAUACAUAGAGAUGUUAAAACAGCAAAUAUACUUCUAGAUGACAACCUCACGGCCAAAGUUUCUGACUUUGGUGCUUCAAAGCUUGUUCCUCUUGAUCAAACUCAGUUAACAACGUUGGUGCAAGGAACCAUGGGUUACCUUGAUCCUGAGUACUUCCAAACAAGCCAACUAACCGAGAAGAGUGAUGUUUACAGCUUUGGUGUUGUUCUUGCAGAACUAUUGACAAGUAAGAAGGCACUUUCGUUCCUUAGGCCUCAGAGUCAUAGGAAUUUGUCCAUGUAUUUUGUUUCUGCAAUGAAUGAGGGUCGGUUGGAUCAAAUAUUGGACAAGGAAAUCGUGAGUGAUGCAAGUGUUGAGUAUGUGAUAGAAGUUGCUAAUCUAGCCAAAAGGUGUCUUAGGUUGCAUGGAGAAGAAAGACCAAGCAUGAAAGAAGUUGCUAUGGAGUUGGAGGGAAUAAGGAUCAUUGAAAAACAUUCACUGGGAGGAGCAAAAGAUGUUGCAUCUCAGGAAGAGACAGAGAGCUUUCUCAGACCACGUUCUCAUUUAAGUAUUGAUCAUGGUGAUGGUACUAUAGCAGUACAAUUUCUAGGUUGCAUAACCAGAUUUUGGAACCACUUGAAGAUGGACGAUGAACAACAAACGCAGAUCGGGAUAAGUUGUAAGAUUUCAGAUUCACUUAGUUGUAACCAUACAGUCAAUCAAAUUAAAGAUUAA